AUGGUAUCAUAUGUUUCGUUUCUUAUUUUUGAUACAGCAAAUUUUGUAAUUAAAGUUUUUACUUUGAAAAUAAUUUUUCUAAAGAACCAACAGACUUACGGAAAGUACCGUAACUUCCCGAACUUUGCCGAGCACCUCGCCGUGACGUCAUCUCCCAUCAUGCUUAGUAAAAAUCAACAUGGCGGGAUGACCGAAAAAAAGUCAGGGCGGAUGCCGCAAAAAUCUUUUACGAAAGUAUUCCGACGAGUUUUAUCGCUUCGCACAAGGGGAUAAGGUCUAGAAAGUCUCCGUAACUUGUUGCCAAGAUGUGUGAUGUCCACACAUGGAAGUGCCAACGUGUGGGGAAGUGGCUGAAGCGGGCAGGCUUCCCCCAGUACGUCCAGUCUUUCACCCAGGAGCACAGGAUCGACGGGAUGGCCCUGCUCUCCCUCACUGAGAUGGACCUUCGCAGCCCGCCGCUCGAACUCAAGGUCCUCGGGGACAUCAAGAGGCUGAUGCUCGCCAUCAGGAAACUUCAGCGAGAAAAUCAGUACCAUCUCGCCAUCAACCAGAGGCUCGAAAAUGGGACGCGGACUUUACGGCAAAGAGAUUUCUUUCGGGGCGAUGGUUCCGAUUUUGCAGAAUCGGACGGUUUUACUCACAGCGAUGACAGCUCGAGUGAAAAUAAGGUCUACAUCCCCACGUUCAAGCCAGAGAUUUGGAAGACAGUGAUCAGCUUUCUCUACGUGUUUCUUGUUUUCCUUGUGACUGCCUUCGUGAUGGUGAUUGUACAUGACCGAGUGCCAGACAGGGAAAAGUACCCUCCCCUCCCAGACCUGUUUCUGGACAGUGUGCCAAGGAUUCCGUGGGCGUUUGUCAUGUGUGAGAUCACAGGGUUGGUGCUCUGUACUAUAUGGUGCAUUGUCUUACUUCUACAUAAGCACAGGUUCAUUUUGAUGCGGAGGAUGUUCGCCCUGACAGGAACAGUCUUCAUGCUGCGUUGCCUCACCAUGUUAAUGACAUCGCUGUCUGUUCCCGGGGAGCAUCUGGAGUGCAGUGGGAAGCUGUAUGGGGACUUUUGGACUCGUCUCCACCGAGCGUUUGUGAUCUGGAGUGGGCUGGGGAUGACUCUGACAGGCGUGCACACCUGUGGUGACUACAUGUUCAGUGGGCACACUGUGGUCCUCACACUGCUCAACCACUUCAUCACAGAGUACACCCCCAGGAACAUGUACACCCUCCACAUCUCCUCCUGGGUCAUGAACCUGUUCGGUAUCUUCUUCAUCCUCGCCGCCCACGAGCACUACUCCAUCGACGUGUUCAUCGCUUUCUACAUCAGCAGCCGGCUGUUCCUGUACUACCACACGCUGGCCAACAACCGCGUCCUCAGGCACGGCGACAAGGAUCGCACGCGCGCCUGGUUCCCGCUCUUCUCGUUCUUCGAGUCGGAGGUGGACGGAAUUGUGCCAAACGAGUACGAGUGGCCGUUCCCCAUCCCGUCCAUCUUCAGGGAGAACGAGGAAAACGAAAACGACACGUAAAUGCUGCCCACCCUCCCCCGUUUUUUAAAAAUGGAAUGAUCCGUAGCACUGAGAUUUGUAGGAUUUUGGAAGAGUCUACUAU